UAUAGUUAAAAAGGAGAGCUUGAUCAUUUCUAGUUUGUUUAUUUAUGUUUUGUUUAGCUUUUAAAAUACGAUUAACGUUGGAGCUUUAGUCUAACUCGGUAGUAGCAGGAACUGUCCUGUCUUUGACGAUGCCCCAGGACUCUCAGGAGGGCCAGCAGCCGCUCCCGCUGGUCCGGUCUCUGAUCAGCCGAAUACAGGUCAACGUGCUGUUCUGUAACUGCAGCCCGCGCGUCGUCAAGCCCGUCUGGAUCAACUUCCUCGGGGAGCCGCAGCCGUAUGUGAACAUUCAGCCGUACACCGGACGAAGAAUAACAACUUAUGUGGGACAUCCAUGGAUGUUUCGGGAUGCAGAAACCGAUGAUCCAAUGGUAGUCAACAAUAAAGAGAUGUAUUUGCCAGCAUCUCUUGAAAAUGGUCAAGUCGCACAUGCCAAGAUCACAUUGCCUGUACUGACGUUGCGAGAUCGCUGUCUGCAAGUUGUGAGACGGUUGGUGCGCAGGGAAGAUAUCGGCCGUCUGGAGAUCGCCCGCUGCCUUCAAGAGGAUCUAGCUCAGAGACCCAGCAUUCAGGCUGAUCUACGACGCAUAAGCCAGCGUGUGGAGCAGAAGUUACUGGAGAACAGAGAACUGCAAAACAGACGCAAACAUCAACAUUAACUGGACUGUGCAUAUGUACUGAACAGACCUGUGCACCAACCAACAGCAUAUAAAACAAACUAUAUACUAUAAUGCUGUAUAAUACACAGUGCUGACAAACCAGAGGACUACUUUCAUAAUCAGACGGACACAUUAGGCAGAAUUAUGUCAGCUGAUGCUUUUAGAGCUGUUAUGAUUCAUUGACAGGCAGAGACUUGAGAAUUCACAGAAAGAACAUUAGGAAAUGUGGACUUUUGGGAUUGUCUGUGUGGCUGGCCUACCAAUAGAUGAGAACAGUAUCUUAUGUUGAUUACAGUUAUCUGCAUACUUUAACUCAAUUACUUUCCAUUUGUUUUAAUAUUUGUAAAUAAAUAAUGGUUACUAAAUAUUUUAUGUUAAUAAUAUAACUAUGUCUGACUUA